AUGAACAAGGUGCUCGCAGUCACUAACUUCCUCGGUUUAAUCCUCUCAAUCCCAAUCAUUUGUUACGGCCUAUGGCUGAAAAGUGUCACAACCUAUUUCUGUGAACAGUUUCAAGUAUGGCGCUGGGUCGUCAUCGUUGGGACUAUCAUCUCUGUCGCGGCAAUGGCAGGAUCCAUUGCAGGAAUUUUUGGAAUCUCGUGGCUCAUCAAAUUAAACCUCUUUGCCAAAAUUUUGCUCAUGAUACUGCUUCUGUGUCUGCUGAUCAUUGUUCAUAUUGUGACCCUUCGAAGUGAUGGAUCCAAUAAUAUAGACGACUUCUCACUGUACCUUCGCCGAAGGGUAACACGGUCAAGCAUCUGGGAUCACGUCAGAAGCUGUAUCAGCCAAUCAGACAUGUGUGCUGACCUCAACCGAAGUUACCGAACGGCUCAGGACUUUAGAGCCGCAUUUUUAACACCCAUGCAGUCGGGGUGCUGCAUGCCACCCACGCAAUGUAGGUACACGUUUGUCAGCCCAACCAAUUGGAUUAGCCCGAUUGACAUGGCAGCUGAUAUGGAUUGCGUGCAAUGGAACAACAACCAAACACAACUUUGCUACAACUGUGACUCCUGCAAGAUUGGUCUUUUGGCAAAUUCCAGGAAUGAGUUGAUCAGGUGUAUUUUGAAAUUAUUCAUUACAUUCCUUGUUCUAUUAAUAUUUUUUUUAAUUGAGUUAUGUGCCUUUAUAUGUGCCAACACAGACGACCACUCCCUCAGAGACACAGGAUGUCGUCCUUUCAGACAGUGCUUGACGUUUCCUGUCUAUUAA